CGUCGAGAACGACUAUAUGGGCCUGACAAUAAAAUUAGUUAUAUGGGCCGGUACAUAAAAGUUAUUGCGGAAUUUAGUAUUUUAUUAUUUGAAAUUUAAUCAUUUGUUUCCUUCUAAAAAUUAGUUUCGAUAAAAUUAAAAAAAAAAAAAACAGUGAUGACGUGUGUAUCUCUCCCCUAAGAAGAAGAAAUCGAAAGAUCUGAAAAACGCAGAGGAACAAGCUUUGAGCUUGGAAAAGAGAGAGAUGGGAAUAAGGUUCAUACUGAUGGUGAACAAGCAAGGCCAGACUCGUCUUGCUCAGUACUAUGAAUGGCUCACUCUCGAGGAGCGUCGCGCUCUCGAAGGCGAGAUCGUUCGUAAAUGCCUCGCCCGCAACGACCAGCAGUGUUCAUUCGUGGAGCAUCGCAACUACAAGAUCGUCUACAGGCGUUACGCAUCUCUGUUUUUCAUGGUUGGGGUUGAUGACGAUGAAAACGAGCUGGCGAUUCUAGAGUUCAUACAUCUCUUGGUCGAGACAAUGGACAAGCAUUUUGGAAAUGUGUGUGAGCUGGACAUAAUGUUCCAUCUGGAGAAAGCUCACUUCAUGCUCGAAGAAAUGGUGAUGAAUGGUUGCAUUGUGGAGACGAGCAAAGCCAACAUACUUUCGCCUAUACAACUUAUGGACAAAGCCCAUUAAUCCAAAGAGGCUCUUGUUUAUUUCCAUUUCAUCACAGUGUGUGUCACAACUUCUUGUAUUUGAGUUGUAAAAGAAAAAAAGAUGUUUAUUGCAUGUUUUUGAAUGGUAGUGGUUUUUAGUGAAAAUAGAUAUACAACUUCUCUUAUGUUAGUUUCUUCUUGCCCUCAAAAAUGAAUAAUUC